AGAAAGGUCUGGCAGAGAAGCGAAGCUUUGAAUGAAUUAAGCACAGAGAGAGAGAGAAGAUGAUGCAUCUUCAAACAACUACAUCAUCUCGGGUUGUUCUUCUUCAAUCUUCCUCUUCUCCCCCUAUCCGCAGGGGAAUGCCAAGCAAACUAAUGUUGUGCUCUUUUGAGCAUCCCACAUCAAGUAAGGCUGUGGCCAGAAAUAUAUUAUCUGGGCUUGCUGCUUCAGUUGUAAUCCUCUCACAAGCAAAUCAGGUAAUUGCAGAAGAUUUAUCUCACCCCAAUAAUUUAUGCCAGCUUGCAAGUGCUACCAGUAACACAAUCACUCUUCCACUUGAUGAGGGGUCUGGGGAAAGAAGUGGGAAACUAAUGAUGAUGAGAGGUAUGUCAGCUAAGGAUUUUGACCCAGUGAGAUACUCUGGAAGAUGGUUUGAAGUAGCUUCCCUCAAACGUGGAUUUGCUGGACAAGGCCAAGAAGAUUGCCAUUGCACUCAGGGUGUAUAUACAUUUGACAUGGAAUCACCUGCUAUCCAAGUUGAUACUUUUUGUGUUCAUGGGGGCCCUAAUGGAUAUAUUACUGGGAUUCGGGGAAAGGUUCAAUGCCUGGAAGAGGAAGAAUUGGAGAAAAGUGCAACUGAUCUAGAAAAACAAGUGAUGAUUAGAGAAAAAUGUUACCUUCGUUUUCCUACAUUGCCAUUUAUUCCCAAGGAGCCUUAUGAUGUGAUUGCUACUGAUUAUGACACUUUUGCUCUUGUGUCGGGAGCAAAAGACAGGAGUUUUAUUCAGAUUUACUCAAGGACGCCUAAUCCUGGACCUAAAUUCAUAGAGAAGUACAAAGCUUACUUAGCAAACUUUGGGUAUGAUCCAAGUAAGAUCAAGGACACUCCACAAGACUGUGAGGUGAUGUCUAAUAGUAAGCUAGCAGCGAUGAUGUCCAUGUCCGGAAUGCAACAGGCUCUAACAAACCAGUUUCCUGAUCUAGGAUUAAAAUCACCCGUCGAAUUUAACCCCUUUACAAGUGUGUUUGACACUUUGAAGAAGCUUGUUGAGCUUUAUUUCAAGUAGACAUUUGAGCUCAAAAGAGUUGUAGUGUGCCUCUUGUAUUUAAUAUAGAGCUAUUGGAUACUAAUUCUUUUCUGUAACCUAUAAGUUCUUUUGUGAUGAGAAGCUUAUCCUGCAUGUUCUGCUUA